AUGGUUCAGCCUUCUUUCUCCCAUCCUCGAUCUGAUCCCACUCCUUCAACAUCAGCUUCUCCCACAGCGACAUUAGACACUUUUCUGGAUAAUCAACAUCAGUCGUAUUUCGAAGAACUGUAUAGAUCUGAAGCAGUAUGCCUGUGUAUACUAAGAUCUUUACCGCCUGUGUGUAGACAUAUAAUACUUCAUCAUCUAUGGUCACACCAACCUCUCCGAACUGCCGAAGUGAAGUCAUUCCUACAGAUGGACAUCAAAGCCUCUUUACAAGAGGUGGACGAGGUCAUGAGACCAGCUCUGAACCGAAAAAUCCUCCAUCCAAUUGUACAUAAAAAAGCCAAAAUGCUAUACCCGUUCAACGAUUCGUUCAAAAAGGGGCUAAGAAAUGCUUUGACUGGACUGGGAACAUCUAACUCUUUUGGUGUGCCAUAUGACAGAGAGGAGAAUGAUGAGGUUCCAAGCCAGGAGGAAUUAGUUGCAUACGGAGAAGAUGCUUUCGAAGGAAUACUGAAAUACAUGGUGUCGUCUGGGCUAGGAAUAGGGUUUUCAGUAGCUAGACCUCAAUCUGAAGUGUUGGAGCUACUACAUACCAGUGGACUGAUGAUUGAUCCUAAUGAUCCAACCGGUCAAAAUCCCAAUAUCAAUCGAUUGACAAUCACCUCAAAAGGUUUUCAAUUUCUGCUUGAAGAUCGUCAGACGCAACUCUGGGAGAUACUGAUGUAUUAUCUGAACGCGAAAGAAGCGAACUCGGAGAGAUCGGCAGAAGUCCUAUCAAUGUUCUUUUCUCUGGGUUGUAUGCAGCUUGGUCAGGAUUAUUCGGCGUCUCAAUCAUUCCCCCGUGCACUGUCAGCACUAAACGACUUGGCUCAAUACGGAUUCAUAUAUCGCCCUUCGCCUGACUCAGAUCAAUUCUUCCCUACACAUCUGGCGACUGCAUUGUGUAGUGGCGAUGCGGUAGCUACAAAGGGCCAGGAUGCGGACGAAAAGAGGUUCCUGAUUUUGGAAACGAACUACAAGAUUUAUGCUUACACCUCCAAUGAACUGGAAAUAGCCAUUUUGAAUCUAUUUGUCGAUAUUCGUAUACGUUACCCCAAUUUGAUAGUCGGUAAACUAGAUCGGAGAAAUGUCAAAUCAGCAAUGGAAAAAGGAAUUUCAGCCAGUCAAAUCAUAUCGUACUUAUCAAGUCAUGCUCAUCCACAAAUGUAUAAUUCGCCACCACCAUUAUUACACCCUACAAUAGUAGAUCAGCUUCAUCUUUGGGAUAGAGAGCGAAAUAGGCUUAAAUUGGAAGAUACUGUCAUGUUUGAAUUCUUCAGUAAAGAGCUGUUCGAAGAUACGGAAGCGGAAGCAAAUGCUAAUGCAGCUCUGCAAUUGGCUCUUCCAAAAGAGAAAUUCUUGUUCAUCGAACCUCAAACGAAAAGUGCUAUAACAGAAUUCGUCAAAGAACGUCAAAAUCAACUGAGGUCGGGUCUCUAA